AUGAAAGAGGAGGCCCGCUUAAAGGCGCGGUCAAGCUACGUCAAACCGCUGCUGACGGAGGUCAACAUGGUCGCACGUGUGGAGCACUGCCUCCGGUUCCUCCGGAGGAUGCCUGGUGGUGGUCGUGUGUUUGAAAACAUGCAUGACUAUGUACACGUAGAUGAAAAGUGGUUCUUUUUGACCAAAGUGAAACGACGCUUUUACGUGUACGACGACGAGGAGCUCGCCCUGCGCUCCGUGAAGUCCAAGAGGUUCAUCACGAAAGUGAUGUUUCUUGCCGCCGUCGCCCGACCACGUUACGACCACCACACGAAGAAGGAGUUCGACGGCAAGAUUGGCAUCUGGCCAUUUGUGGAGCACAUCUUGGCCAAGCGUAGAAGCAAGAACCGAGCUCGCGGCGCCCCUGUCAUCCCACCACAGACAGUUGACUCCGGCGUCUACCAAGCUGCCAAUUUGGAAAAGGUCACCUCAGCCAUCAAGGCGAAGUUCCCUAGGACAUCUCAGAGGAGUGAGAUUUAUAUCCAGCAGGACAAUGCGAGUCCCCAUCGCUGUGUCACUACUACGCUGAUGCUGUCAAUGGGCAUUCAAGGCGCUGUCUUGACUGGGGCCAUGUGGGUGUCUGAAAUGCUCGAAGGCAACGAGAUGCCUUCAUCGAAAUCUUUCGGCAUUCCGUGGACUCGACUUCGACCUCGAGGAACGAGAUGCCUCCAUCGAAACCUUUUGGCGAUUUGCGCGGCCACUGCGCGCACCUUUCCCAACCACGACCGCUUGGUGCACAAGCUCCUUGAGCCAGGAGAUGUCGAGGUCGUCCGUCCAAAGUCCCAUGAUUCACUCCUGAGGUUGACAGCGAUCUUUCGAAAUGCGCGAUUUUCGACGAAACUGGUUUGA